UCGGAGCAAGAGGAGCAGCAGCAGCAGCCGCCGCCGAGGCCGGAGCCCCCCUCGCCCUUCCCCGCCCCCUCGCCCGGCAGCAGCAUGGUCCGGGAGACCAGGCACCUCUGGGUGGGCAACUUGCCGGAGAACGUCCGCGAGGAGAAGAUCAUCGAGCACUUCAAGCGAUAUGGACGUGUUGAAAGUGUCAAAAUUCUCCCCAAAAGGGGAUCAGAAGGCGGCGUGGCAGCCUUUGUGGAUUUUGUGGACAUCAAGAGCGCCCAGAAGGCGCACAACUCCGUCAACAAAAUGGGGGACAGAGACCUUCGGACGGAUUAUAAUGAACCUGGAACCAUUCCUAGUGCUGCUCGCGGAUUGGAUGAUACAGUUUCCAUAGCAUCUCGUAGUAGAGAGGUUUCUGGGUUCAGAGGAGGUGGUGGUGGGCCCACGUAUGGCCCACCACCAUCACUUCAUGCACGGGAAGGACGCUAUGAGCGGAGACUUGAUGGGGCUUCAGAUAACAGGGAGCGUGCUUAUGAACAUAGUGCCUAUGGACACCAUGAACGGGGGACAGGAGCAUUUGAUCGGACAAGACAUUACGAUCAGGAUUACUACAGAGAUCCUCGGGAGCGGACUUUACAACAUGGACUCUACUACAGUUCUCGGAGUCGCAGCCCGAGCCGCUUUGAGACUCAUGACCCCCGUUACGAACCUCGGGCCCGGGAGCAGUUUACAUUGCCCAGCGUGGUACACAGGGAUAUCUACAGGGAUGAUCUCACGCGGGAGGUACGAGGUAGAAGGCCAGAGCGGAAUUACCAGCACAGCAGGAGCCGGUCGCCACAUUCAUCCCAGUCGAGGACCCAGUCUCCCCAGAGGCUGGCGAGCCAAGCGUCAAGGCCUACCAGGUCGCCUAGUGGCAGCGGCUCCAGGAGCAGAUCUUCGAGCAGCGAUUCCAUCAGCAGCAGUAGCAGUACCAGCAGUGACAGCAGUGACUCCAGCAGCAGUUCCAGUGACGAGUCCCCAGCCCGUUCCGUUCAAUCCACAGCUGUUCCAGCACCCACCUCCCAGUUGCUUCCAUCUCUGGAGAAAGAUGAGCCCCGCAAAAGUUUCGGGAUUAAGGUUCAGAAUCUUCCAGUGCGCUCCACAGACACCAGCCUUAAAGACGGGUUGUUCCACGAGUUCAAGAAGUAUGGGAAGGUGACGUCUGUGCAGAUCCACGGGGCCUCCGAAGAGCGAUACGGGCUGGUGUUCUUCCGGCAGCAGGAGGAUCAGGAGAAAGCGCUGAAUGCCUCCAAAGGGAAGCUGUUCUUCGGCAUGCAGAUCGAAGUGACAGCUUGGAUAGGGCCAGAAACAGAAAGUGAGAAUGAGUUCCGGCCUUUGGACGAAAGGAUAGAUGAAUUUCACCCCAAAGCAACGAGAACUCUCUUCAUUGGGAACCUGGAGAAAACCACCACAUAUCACGACCUUCGCAACAUUUUUCAGCGUUUUGGGGGGAUUGUGGAUAUUGACAUUAAGAAAGUGAACGGGGUCCCUCAGUACGCAUUCCUCCAAUAUUGCGAUAUUGCAAGUGUGUGUAAAGCAAUCAAGAAGAUGGACGGAGAAUAUCUCGGAAAUAAUCGGCUCAAGCUGGGCUUUGGGAAGAGUAUGCCUACCAACUGCGUGUGGCUGGACGGCCUCUCGACAAACGUCACGGAUCAGUAUUUAACACGACAUUUCUGCCGCUACGGUCCAGUGGUGAAGGUGGUGUUUGACCGCUUAAAAGGCAUGGCCCUCGUUCUCUACAAUGAAAUUGAAUAUGCACAAGCAGCUGUAAAAGAGACCAAGGGGAGGAAAAUCGGUGGGAAUAAAAUUAAGGUGGAUUUUGCAAACCGCGAGAGCCAGUUGGCCUUCUAUCACUCCAUGGAGAAGACCGGCCAGGAUAUUAGAGACUUCUAUGAAAUGCUUGCAGAGAGAAGAGACGAGAGAAGAGGAUCUUAUGACUAUGCUGCUGAUCGUACUUAUUACGAAGCUGUGCGAACACCAGGGACGUAUCCUGAAGAUCCUCGAAGAGAAUAUCCGGCCCGCGGCAGGGAGUUCUAUGCAGACUGGGAUCCUUACCAAGGAGACUAUUACGACCCGCGGUAUUAUGAUGAUCCGCGGGAAUACAGAGACUACAGGGGUGACCCUUACGAGCAAGACAUAAGGGAAUACAGCUACAGGCAACGGGAGCGGGAGCGGUUUGAAUCGGACCGGGACCGCGACCACGAAAGAAGGCCCAUUGAGCGGAGCCAAAGCCCUGCUCAUUCCCGGCGGCCCCAAAGCCCCGGGGCGUCUCCGUCGCAAUCGGAGAGGCUGCAGAGCGAUUCUGAGCGGAGGAUCUACAGCCGGUCUUCUGAGCGGAGUGGCAGCUGCAGCUCGCUUUCUCCGCCACGCUACGAUAAACCGGACAAAGCCCGCCUCGAGCGAUAUGCAAAAAACGAGAAGCCGGAGAAAGAGCGCGCUUUUGAGCAAGAGAGACCUGACAAAGACAAGCGCCUCAUGAGGAAAGAGAAGCCAGAAAAACCCGAAAAGGAGAAAACGGAGAAGCAAAAGCGCAAGGCUAAAGUCCAUUCUCCCAGCUCCCAGUCUUCUGAAACGGAUCCAGAAAACGAGAGAGACCCCAGUCCUGAGAAAAUAAAAGGUGGCAGCAAGCUGAGCCGGGAGAGGGCGGACAAGGAAGGGGCUGCGAAGAACCGCCUCGAACUCAUGCCUUGCGUGGUGCUGACACGAGUCAAGGAAAAGGAAGGGAAAGUCACGGACCCCCCUGCCCUGGAGAAGCUCAGAGGGAAGCAGGAGAACGACGCCACCGCCAGGUGCCCCUUGCUGGAGCCGAAGCUGCAGGCGCCUCAGGGGGAACAGAGCAAGGCUGACCAGGUGAGACUGGAGCUCCCCCUCCGGGCGAAGGUGCCCAAAGAGAAGGCGCUUGCCAGUCAUGUGGAAGUGGUGGAGAAGGAUGGGAAGCCGAAGCUCAAGAAACACCCAAAGGCAGACCAGGCCAGUGAAGUGGCAAAUCCAGUAGAUCUAGAAAAACUAGAGGCUCGCAAAAGACGCUUUGCUGAUGCAACCCUAAAGCCCGAUAAGCAAAAACUGGAAAUCAAAAGAAGCAGCCAAGAGGAGGAGGAAGCACGUGUGGUUUUGAAAAAGCAGGUUGACGCCACGGGUGAAUCUGAGCGGAAGCCCGUGAGGAAAGAGACGCUGAAAAGGGAAUCCAAGAAAAUCAAGCUGGAGAGACUCACUGCUGUCGCCAGCCCCAAAGAGGCUCCGGAGCCCGCAAGCGUCUCUGUCGGCGUUGGCUUACGGCCCAACGCGGAGCUGCAGGCUCGGCUGGGAGAACCCCUUGAUGAGCUGCUGGAAACCCCCGAGAUCCCCUCGAGGAAGGUCAAUUCAAUCAAACUGCAGCACAGGCCCACGCCGAUGUUGGAGGAUCAAGGCGCGGAGAGGGAGGAGGCCUGGAAAACCUACUGCAGCCUCCCAGAAGAGAUCUCUGACCACAAACUUGUCCAAGAAAAGCCUCCGCCGUCAGAUAUCGAGGAGAAGAUCCCCAUUGACAUCGACCACACGCAGAGUUACCGGAAACAAAUGGAGUUGAGCCGCCGCUUGAAGCAGCAAAUGGAGAUGGAGAUUGCAAAGCACGAGAAAUUUGGCAGCCCAAAGAAAGACCUCGACGAGUAUGAGAGGCGUAGCCUGGUGCACGAGGUCGGGAAACCCCCGCAAGAUGUGACGGACGACUCUCCCCCCAGCAAGCGGAAAAAAUCCUCCGACACGUUUGAUUUUGAGAUUAGCACCAAGCGAGAGAGAAAUUACCGGAGCUCUCGCCAGGUGAGUGAGGAUUCCGAACGAACGGCCUGCUCACCAGGUCUCAGGCCCUUCCCUUUCCACGAGGAGGAGGAAGAGCUGCUACUGCUGGAUUCCCCAAGGCUGGUGCCUUUGAAAGAAACCAAAGAAUCGCCUAAAACGGACGAAAAGGGCCCUCCGUAUUCGAACGUGGUCGUCAGGGAAGACGCAUUGAAGUUCAACCCCUAUGAUUCCAGCCGGAGAGAGCAGAUGGUGGAAAUGGCAAAAAUAAAGCUGCCGGCAGUGAGUUCCGAGGAGGAAUCGAACCGGUGGGAAUCCCAAGUGAAACAAGAGCCCAGCUGCGUGGACAUUAGCUUUCCAAGUGGCGUAGUCAAGAGAGACAGCAUCCGGAAGCGGUCGAUACGGGAUCUGGAACCCGGGGAGGUGCCUUCCGACUCGGAUGACGAUGGUGAUAACAAGCCCCCUUCUCCCAAAGCGUCUUCGUUACUAGAAAGCUCCAGAUUAUCUUUUUUAUUACGGGACAGGGAAGAGAAACUACGUGAGCGAGAGGAAAGGCUGCCAACCUCCUUGGAAAGGAACAAAUUCUAUUCCUUUGCAUUGGACAAGACAAUCACUCCUGACACAAAAGCCUUGCUUGAGAGAGCAAAAUCUCUCUCGUCGUCGAGGGAAGAAAACUGGUCUUUCCUCGACUGGGACUCGAGAUUUGCUAGUUUUAGGAACAAUAAGGACAAAGAAAAGGUGGAUUCUGCCCCCAGACCGAUUCCCUCCUGGUAUAUGAAAAAGAAGAAAAUCAGAACAGACUCUGGAGGAAAGCUGGACGACAAGAAGGACGACCACAAGGAAGAGGAGCAAGAGAGGCAGGAGCUCUUCGCCUCCCGCUUCCUGCACAGCUCGAUCUUUGAACAGGAUUCUAAGCGCUUGCAACACCUAGAGAGGAAGGAGGAAGAACUCGACUUCCUUUCCGGCAGAUUGUACGGUCGGCAGGCGUCUCUGGAUGGGACCCACAGCGCAUCGGACUUUGUGCCAGAGCCGGUGGUUCUCUUCCACAGCAGGUUUGUUGAGCUCACGCGAAUGCAGCAGAAGGAGAAGGAGAAGGACCAGAAGCCCAAAGAAGCAGAAAAGCAGGAGGAUAAGGAGAAUCGGCCCAAGACGCCGGAAGCGGUGCCUGAGCACAAAGAACCGGAGCAUAAGCCUUCCCUUUUCGUCGGGUCGUCGGCAGGUGCUGUCGUAGCGCAAGAACCGCUGCCAGUCAUGCCAGAGAAAGUAGCGAACGAGAAGCUAGCGGCCGACGUGCCCCCUUCCUCGAAAGAAGAGAAGCCGCCGGAAUUCAGCCUGUUAGCCGAAGAGCCAAAGCCGCCUCCGGAUCUCUCUCCUCCUGCUAAAACCGAACCACCUGAGCAGGCUGCAACCACACCAGUCAUGGAGGGCAGCAAAGACGUCCCUCUUUCCACAGUAUCCCCCAGAGAAGACUCCGUAUCUGUAGAGCACCCUUCCUACUUGGACACAAAGCCGCCUACGCCUGGAUCGUCCUUCUCCGAAGCAGAUAUUGGCACAAAUCCAGAACCUGAAAGGGUCUCACCGCCUCCCAAAUCGGUCACAAAUCCUGAGGAAUUGCCCGAGCCUAAAGAAGAAAGUGUUUCCCCAGCCCUUAACUCAGAGCCCAGUGCAGGCCAGAAAGCGGAGGCUGCCGCUGAGCUGCUUCCCUCAGUUUCUGACACAGAGAUGGAAGCCGAACCCCCCGUCGUUCUAAGAGACAAGAAGUCGUACAAGAGCAAACGGUCCAAAACCCCAGUUCAGUCCGCUGUUGCGAAUGUUGCGGAGAAACCCGUCACGAGGAAGAGUGAAAGGAUUGACCGUGAAAAGCUUAAAAGGUCGGUCUCUCCCCGUGGGGAAGCACUGAAGCUCCUCGAGCUGAAGGUGGAGACAGAGAAGGCUUCAAGGAACGCUGCUAAAUCCCCAAGCGCAGCCGCAGAGCCCGAAAACCCGGAGCCCAGCUUGCCCGUCGGCCGAACGAGGCGCAGAAACGUCAGGUCCGUUUAUGCCACCACGGGAGACCACGAAGGCCCGUCGCCCAUUAAAGAUUCUAUUGAGGUAACCAGGUCCACCAGGAAAAGAGUGGAGCGAGAACCUCCGGAUGCGGCCGCGGUUCCCAACCCGCCAAGAAGAGGGAGGCCUCCCAAGGCCCGCCGCAAGCCUGAGGAGGAGAGCUCUCCCGUGAAAGCCGAGCAGGUGCAGCAAGAGGCGGAAGAUGCUGAAGCGAAAGAGACUGUGGAGAUCCCUAAAUCUGCGGAGGGCUGGCGAUCGCCCAGAUCCCAGAAGCUAACACACAGCCACGCUUCAGCUGCCGGCUGUCAGCCAGGCAAGAAAGGGAAAAAUGAGCCUAAAGCAGAGGUCCUGGCAGAGCCCGAGGAGCCUCCCGAACUGCCUGGCCAAGGGGCGAAUGCCGGCGAAAGUGGCAACAAGCCCAAGGCGGACAAAGAGGCCACUCCGAGUGAACAGAAGCGAGACAGGAAAGAAGCCAUCGAGAUGGACCGAAGCGCGCCUGAAGCCUGCCCAGUGGAGAUUGUAGAAAGAAGGCCCGUCCCCGAGAAGGUUGCAAAGGCCAAAAGGGGGGGACGAUCCAGGAGCACCAAGGCCGUUGAUAAAGCAUUGUUGAUGAAGGGCUUGAAAAAUGUCGAAAUCCGCCUCAAUGUGGACGAAGUCAAAGGUGCUCUGCGGCCAAGCGAGGAGGAAACGGAGCCUGCACCAGCAUCAUCUUCACCCAAAAACAAAAGCCCCGCAAAGGAAGAGAAGUUGUCACCCCACUUCACAAAGAGCGGAGCAGAAGACCCGUUCCGGGAAGCGGAGCAAGAGGCGGCAGGCGAGUCCACACAGGUGCCCGAAGCGGACCAGCUGGCCAAGCAGAUUGAGCUCGAGCAGGCCGUGGAGAACAUCGCAAAGCUCACCGAAGGGCCGACGCCGGUCGCAGCCUACAAGGAACAAGCAGCCGAAGUGUCGGAGGUUCGGCAGGAGGAAGACGGGGACAAACCGGCCCACCAGGCCAGCGAAACGGAACUGGCGGCUGCCAUUGGGUCCAUCAUGAACGACAUUUCUGCAGAGGUGGAAAGCUUCCCUGCCGCCCCGCCGUAUCCUACAGAAUCGGAGUCUGAAAUACCCCCGGACCCACUGGUGCUGCCGCCUACCCGAGAAGAAAUGGAGCCUGAAACCGAUCAAGCCGUCAGCAACAUCUUGGAGUCAGAAGCGGCGGCUCCGGCUGAGCCUGCUGGGCCACCUGUUCCCGGGUCGGCUGCCGAGACGGAAAGCAAGGAGGCAGAAGUGAGCUUAAGCGAAUCCUCCAAUUCGGCGCAGGAAACGGAAACCCCGCAGGAGGCCGAAGUGUCUCGGAAAGAACGGGGCCGCCAGAAGAUCACGAGGCCAAGGCGUAAGCGGAACACGAGCAAGAAAGGGGACGCCGUUAUGGAACUGAGGACUGCGGAGGCCGGACGAGUACAGAGCAAAUCUCCUGUUGCCAAUGAAGUGAAAGGAAAGCCAGAAGGAGCCGGCAAAGAGGCUAGCCAAGGGAAGCGCUCGCCCUCCACGGCCUCCCCACCGGGGGCUCCCGACGCAAGCAAGGCCGCAGCCCUGGACAUGGCUUCUCACGAGCCCGGUACAGAGAGCGGCUCCCUGCCCAACGAGCCCGAGGGGCCGGAUCUGCCGUCGCCAUCCCUUGCGGGUGAUGAGGUGGGCCAAAGCGGGCUCCGGCUCCGGCCGGUGACGGACAACACUCCUGUGACUCCCCCGAGCGCCCCCAGCACCCCCCUGCCAACGCUCCUGCCUGCCUCGGCUCCGGUCAAGCACCCCCUGCCUGUCCCCGCUGCGGUCGUUCCGCUGCACUCCAGCACAGCCAAGGUGGCGGAGUGGAUGGCCAAGCACGAGGAGGCCCAGGCCCACUCCACUCCUCCGCCAGCGCUUCCCCCUGACACAAAAGCCUCGGACAUCGACACCAGUUCCAGCACUUUGCGCAAAAUACUGAUGGAGCCCAAAUACGUGUCUGCAACCAGCGUCGCCUCCACGCACGUCACCGCGGCGAUCACCGAACCCGUGAGUGCCCCUCGGGUGGAGGAGGCGCCUCCCCAUGCUCCGCCGGAGGCCGCAAGGCCGGGGGCCGAGGAGAAGCCCGCGGUGCCGGCCACAAACGCUUUGGAGCUCCCGGCUGCGGAGGCCCCGGUGUUCACCGAGAAAGAGAAGGUCGUCACUGUCAUUGCCCCCAAGGCGACCUCUGUGAUAAGCAGGAUGCCCCAUAGCAUUGACCUGGAGGAGACCCCCAGGAUAACCUUAGUGAAGCAAGCGCCCCCGCCCCAGACGUGCCUCGUCAGCGCCCUUUCCCCCAAAUACAAGCCACAGCGGCCCAGCGCAAACGACAACAGCCGCUUCCACCCGGGCUCCAUGUCUGUGAUCGAAGAUCGGCCGGCGGAAACGGGCUCUGGCCCAGGCCUCCGCGUCAACACGUCCGAGGGCGUCGUCCUCCUGAGCUACUCGGGGCAGAAGACGGAAGGCCCUCAGCGGAUCAGCGCCAAGAUCAGCCAGAUCCCCCCCGCCAGCGCCGUCGACAUCGAAUUCCAGCAGUCCGUGUCCAAGUCGCAGAUCAAGCAGGAGCCCCUGGGCCCCUCCCAGCCCCUCCCCAAGGGCUGCCAGGCGCCCGUGGGGUACGGGAGCGCCUCCAACCCCUCGCUGGUGCCCCAGCAGUACAGCCCGUCGCCCGGCCUUCCCUCCAUCAAGCAGGAGCGGGGCAGCUUGGAGAAGCCGGAGCCGGCACACCUCGCCGCCCAGGCGCCCGCUUCUCAGUCCGGCCCCGUGAAAGGCCUCUCCCAGUCCGCCAGCACUCCGUCCAUCCUCGUCCACAACCAGAUCGUGCUGCCUCAGGCCAUGGCUGCUUCUGCCAACAAGAAGCUGCCGGACUCCGGUGCCCUGAAAGGGGAGGCAAAGCCGCUUCAGCUGUCCGGCUUGAGCCCCGGGGUUGGCCCGCACCACCCUUCGCUGUCUGGCAAGAUGCACCCGGAGGCCAACCAUGUGAGCGCGGGACCCGGCGCCCCAAAGCAGGAGCCGCUCUCUCCGCGCACCAGCGGGCACUCUCCCUCUCCGUUCCCCAGGGCUUGUCACCCGGGCGGCUCCUCGUCUCCCGCCCUGUCCGGGAAUAACUCCAUGAUGGGGCUCCAGGGCUCCCCUUGCCCAGGGAUCCCCGUGCCUCAGUACAUCUCCAGCAUGCACCCGGAGCAGUCGGUGAUCAUGCCCCCCCACAGCGUCACCCAGACGGUGUCCCUGGGCCACCUCUCCCAAGGGGAGGUCAGGAUGAACACCCCUCCGCUGCCGGGCAUCUCGUACGGCAUCCGCCCGGAGGCGCUCCACUCCCCGCGGGCGGCGCUGCAGCCCCAGCGGUCGAGCACGCCGCAGCCGGCCCCCAUCCGCGAGAUCGUCAUGCCCACCCUGUCUUCCCAGCAUUCCCCGGAAGAGGAGAUGCACUACCACCACACCGUGUGCCGCGGCUCGGCCCCCGUGCAGUCGGACGUGCUGGUCAUGCAGCCGGACUACCGCAUGCACCCAGCGGGCCUCCGGCUCGAGCAGUACAACGUGCCCCGGGAAGUGAGGCGGAUGAUGCACCCGCACAUGGCGGUGGGCGGGGACCACCACCCGGAGACCCGGCAGUCCCGGACGCCGGAAGGGAGGUCCGUGAAGACGCCACCCGCCACCAAGACGCUCCCGCCGGGCAAGGAAGUGGCUGCGGCCAAGGCCUCCGAGGUCAAGAUGGCGCACUCACCGCACAGCGAGCCCCGGCUGCUCAGCGGCCAGCUCCCGGGGCUGCCCUUGGCGCAGCCGGUGGUCGUCCCCCACGGCGUGCAGAUCAUGCACCCCGCCGGCAGCUCCUUCCACGAUUACCGGACGAUGUACGGCGGCGGCGACAUGAGGAGCUACCACCCCGCUGCGCAGCUGGGCCACCCUCAGUUUUCGGGGGCGUCACCGAUCGGGCUUCCUUCCCGCAGCAUGACCCCCUCUCAGGGCCUUCCGGAAGGGGAGCACUCGCACCCCAGCCAGCCGGCUCACAGCAAAACGCCGCAGAUCUCCCAGGAGCCCAAGGGGGCCCAGGCGGCAGGGCCGGACCCCACCCACCACCCGGCCGUCGCCCGGCACGUCCAGCCAAUGGACCCCCACGUGCACCUUCAGCGAGGCCAGGCGGAGCCGGGCCAGACCUCCUACCCGUCCCCCGUCGCCAUUUCGGCCAAGCAGGAGCUGCCGUCCCCGCACCAAGGCCAAGCGCAGAAGCCGGGCCUGUUCGUCGCCAGCUCCUCCGGCCCCCCGGGGGCUCCUGCGGGCCUGGCCCCCUCCCGGCCUGAACCGCAGUCGGUGCUCAUGCAGGAGGCCGCCACGCAGCAGCAGCAGCAGCAGCAGCAGCAGCCCGUCUCCCAGAGGCCCGUGGACAUGGUCCAGCUCCUGACGAAAUACCCCAUCGUGUGGCAGGGGCUGCUGGCGCUGAAGAACGACACGGCCGCCGUCCAGCUGCACUUUGUGUCGGGCAACAACGUCUUGGCGCACCGCUCGCUGCCGGCCCCGGAGGGAGGCCCCCCCCUGAGGAUCGCCCAGCGCAUGAGGCUGGAGCUGUCGCAGCUGGAGGGCGUGGCGCGCCGGAUGAUGGUGGAGAGCGAUUACUGCCUGUUGCUGGCCUUGCCGUGCGGACGAGACCAAGAGGACGUGGUGAAUCAGACCGAGUCGCUCAAGGCGGCCUUUAUCAGCUACCUGCAGGCCAAGCAGGCUGCGGGCAUCAUCAACGUUCCCAAUCCGGGCUCCAACCAGCCUGCUUAUGUCCUACAGAUCUUCCCGCCCUGUGAGUUCUCGGAAAGCCACCUCUCCCGCCUUGCCCCGGACCUCCUCGCCAGCAUCUCCAACAUCUCUCCUCACCUGAUGAUUGUCAUAGCAUCAGUCUGAGUGGCUGACUGGACACGGACUUCUUCCUCCAAGGCCCUACAGCAAAAACAGAGAGAGAGAGCGCCCGUGAACGCAGGCGGGCAGGCAGGCGGGUGGGCGCCGGGUCUCCUGCCCCCACUGGGCCUCGAUCAAACCCUCGCCGCCGGGGAGCAGCCCCCUGCCCUGUAUGUUUACAUAUGGCUUUAGUGAAGACGGACACCUGAGGCACCCGGCUGGGCAGACGGGGGCCCCCGCGUUUUGGUGCCUCCUGUGGGGGGAAAUGAAAGGAAGGCUAUUUUUUUAAUUUACAAAAUAACUUUAAAACAAAACAAAACAAGAAGAAGGAACCAGAACUGCCUUUGCACUAAAUUAGUGACUUUGGACCUUUGCACAGUUAAAGAUUUGUUGUGGCGUUCCGGAUGGAUGUCCCGACACACGCCGCCCCUUGCGUGGUGGACUUUAGAACGCAGGAUCUGGGAACGUCGGCUCCAGUCUCCAGGUCAAGGAGCAUUUCACUCUGCCCCCCACCCCGCCCCUCGGUUCUCCCGGAGGCCUGCCCCACCUCCCUUCCCCGCUCCCCCCCCCCAUGCUGCAGCCGCCUCUUCCUCCCCCAUCUGGGAUGUACAGUUUACACUGAAACAAAGCAAAACACGAAAGGGAGCGACUUCUCCUUCCUGGUGGGAUAUGCAGGACUCCGUGGGUGUGUGUACAUAGAAGUCUCUCUCAGAUAUAUAUAGAUAUAUCUCACCGACUUCAAAAAGAAAUCUGAUCCCCACAACAUACUUUUUUUUUAAUCUGUGCCAAAAAAAUGUGUUUUCAGAGAAAAUCUUAUUUUCAUACUCAGACUUUGUAUUUGUCACUCAUUUGUAAGUGCGCUUCAUUUAGACAUGGCCUCCCCUCCCGUCCGUCCAUCCUUCCUCCUUCACAUGUGGAAGUGUUAUACACUUGUACAGACUUUUUAUCUCCCGCCCUGGUUGUCCUCGUCCUUCUCCUAACACUUAAUUUAUGGAACUGUUUUCUCAGCGCAGUUUUGUUUUGUGUGUCCAUUGGAUUACAGACUUUAUUAAAAAAUACAAAACA